UAUUUUCAUCAAAGUUGGCCAACAGUUCUCCGCGAUGGUUGACAUUUUUGCUCAAGAAUAUGUUGAUCAGUUGUCAGAGCUACAGGAUCAAGUUCCACCUUUUCCGUCAGAGACUGCAAUAUCUAUUGUUGAAGAAGAGCUUGGAGGCCCUGUAGAUGAUAUCUUUGACAUGUUUGACUUUGAACCUAUUGCUGCUGCGAGUCUUGGUUUUUGACGACUUCUUUGAGAAGAUAAUUGGUGAGCUUGUUCAAUCCAAAGGUGAAAACAGAAUCGUGGACUUCAUUGAUGUCAUGCUAGGAUUCAUUGGAUCAGAAGAAACUGAUGAGUACCAUGUGGAGCGGGAUAAUAUGAAAGCAAUAAUAUCGGACAUGCUUGUAGCUUCAAUGGAUACUUCAGCUGCUGCAAUUGAGUGGACACUGUCCGAACUCAUUAGACAUCUACGGGUGACAAAGGAAGUCCAAAAAGAACUGGAAAAUGUGGUAGGCAUGGAGAGGAUGGUCGAAGAGUCAGACUUGGAGAAAUUGAUGUACUCAGACAUGGUUGUGAAAGAAAGCUUUAGGUUUCACCCAGUGGUACCAUUGCUGCUCCCGCAUUUAUGUAUGGAAGACUGCAAAGUGAUUGGCUAUCCGAUACCCAAUAAUUCACGAUCUUCAUAAACGCAGGGGCUAUAGGUCGGGACCAAAAGGUUUGGACUGAUGCAGAGAAGUUUUAUCCAGAGAGAUUUGUUGGAAGCGGCAUUGAUCUUCGUGGACCCAACUUCCAGCUAAUCCCAUUUGGUUCUGGGCGCAGAGGCUGCCCUGGAAUGCAACUGGGUUUACUGUUCGGCUUGUGGUGGCACAAUUGGUGCAUUGCUAUGAUUGGGAACUCCCGGAUGAUAUGUUGGCUACGGACUUGGACAUGGCUGAGGAUUUAGGUCUAGUAUGUCCUAGGGCCGAGCAUCUACUGGCUAUACCAACCAGGCGCCUCAAAACAUGAGAAUGGCUGUGUAAUUUCUAGAAGAGUAUAUUUUCUGGAUAUAUUUGUUGCCUUCUCUAGUA